AUGGACACCAAGGCUGUGAUCCAACUUGUUGACGAGUUGCAGGAGAAUAUAGAGGACCUUGAAGAUAACCUCGAUCCAAUCCUCAGCGGCGCUCUUGCUGCCACCACGAAAAAGCUGCCCUUGCUCGACCGCGCAAAACUCAAUGUCCUCCUUGUCUACUCGAUCGAGUCCUUGAUUUUCUCCUACCUCAGACUCCAUGGUGUCCAGGCCAAAGAACAUUCGGUCUUCAAGGAAUUGACAAGGGUCAAGCAGUAUUUUGAGAAGAUCAAGCAAAGCGAGGCGGCACCGCAGAGUUCUCGGCCAAUCCUGUCCCUGGACAAAGAUGCUGCCGGAAGAUUCAUCAAGCAUGCUCUGGCCGGAAAUGAAAAAUAUGAUCUGCAACGCGCCGAGCGUGAAGCCCGCGAGAGAGUCCUUGCGAAUAAAAAGCUGAAAGAACUCGAGUCCGCUAUGAAAACAAAAGCGGAGACAAAUGCAAACCAGGGGCGUCCGUCUGAUACCGCCGCUGCACUGGCAGAAGCUACCCAGAUUGUCGCGGCUGCACCGAGUGGCACGUCCUCUUCAGAGGAAGAGGGCCUCGUUGACAGCGACUCUGACGGUGAUGGGGAUGGCGCAGAUCCACCCGAACAGCCACAGUCAGAGCCAGGGGAGGGCAAAAAGCGGAAAAAUAGGUCAAGAAGCAAAUCCCAGAGAACCAAAAGAAAGAGAGAAGCCGAUCUCCAGGAUCCCGGGAGUGAGGAUCAUGGGCAGCAGGCCGCAGCAAAGAAGGCGAGAAAGAAGGCGAAAAGGAAGAUGAGGCGAGCCCAGAAUGCUGCUUCAACAGCUGCUUAA